CGAAAGUAGAUGUACUGAGUUGCAGUGUUCGGAUAUCAGACAUUUUACGGUCGCUGUUUUACGCUUUCAGAUAAUAUUGCGAGAACAUGAACAUUGAUGAAUAUUCAUCUAACGUAUGGGGAACGGACAUAGGUUCUGCAUGCGACAUACUACUGGCCUCUGAAUGUAGCCUGGCCGGAGGGUUCUUCCAUAUAGCCACCGGAUGCAGGAACCUGUGGGAAGACAUAGAUAGCCACCUAUGGCCUGAAGAAAGGCAACCGGAAGAAGUCGUCUUCAAACAGGUUGUGAAACCAUUUCCAGUGCGCUGCCAGACUCCCAGAGAACAAUCUGUCUCCCGAUAUCUGGCUAUGAUCUUAACAAAGCCGGGAACCACCAGCGUGACGGAGAAGACCUGUCCACCUCAGCGGACACUGGCCGAACAAUCUUCUCCGCAGAAAACACUGAGAGUACCUGAGACGAACCCUGUUAGCAAAGACAUCACACACGAACCUGCAAACGCCCGUAUCCCGUCAGCCAAUAAUAGGUCAAAGACUUCAGGUAACGCCGACCAAGUUAAGAGGCCUAAGUUCUUCCGUCUGGGAGAUUACUCAGGUACUAAACCCUACUGGGGUGCCUCCAGCUCCCAACACCGCCAGAAAGCGCCCAACAUGCCAUAUUUCCAGGAGGUCAUCUUCACACAGGUGUCCAAGGAAGAGCAGUUGAAGAAGGACAUGAGAGAAGACCAGCUGAAGAAGUACAUUCGGGAAGAGAAGUUGAAGCAUGACAUGCGGGAAGUGCUCAUCAAAACGGAGGACAAGGAGACCGCGUUUGGACUAGGUGCAGGAAAAGUGGCAGUGGAACCACCCGCAGUCAAUGUCAAGAAUGCCAAAACACGACGACCAAAACGAAGGAAACUUGGCAAGCCCAAAAUCAUCAAGGUUAUGCCGGUAGAUCACGUAGAUCCACAAAAGAAGACAACCUAUCGUCAUAUGGACAAUGUUGAGAAAAAUGAAAAGAAAGCGAAUGUUUUUCGGCGUGUCGGAGCAUUUGUACGAAGCUUCCGCUGUGUAUUUACAGCGUGUUUCUCUUCUCGUGACACUAAGGAUCUACCAUAA